GGAGGCCGUUUGGGGCUAGACCGACUAUGAACCGCGCGUCGUUGUCGUUGCUGAGGCACCAGCGGUGAGCCGCGGAGUUGAAAUUUCGGCACGCGACGAGAGGGUGAAGAGCGCAAGACUUUGGGAAUUGCGUCCAGUCAGUGGAGUGAAUCGCGGAAUAGAUUCGCCGACGGAAUCCCUACGUUGGGGAGAAACGAGGCUCUAGCUGCCGUGCCGGUGCCGCACCGGUGCCGUGCCGGCGCCAGGUGCUUGUCAUGAGAAGAGGACGGAGCCGCUGAGAUGUCGCGGAGGAUAUGCUGGUCAUGAAAGAGCUAAGGGUGGGAUCGGCGCUACCAGAGCCGUGAUCAGUAUGAACCUGAUCAACAUGGACGCGGAGAACCGCGUGGUUCUCAAUGUGGGGGGUAUCCGCCACGAGACGUACAAGGCGACCCUUAAGAAGAUCCCAGCAACCCGACUGUCCCGGUUGACCGAGGCGCUGGCUAACUACGACCCCAUCCUGAACGAGUACUUCUUCGAUCGACAUCCCGGUGUCUUCGCCCAGGUCCUCAACUAUUACCGGACCGGGAAGUUGCACUAUCCGACCGACGUGUGCGGGCCCCUCUUCGAGGAGGAACUCGAGUUCUGGGGCCUUGACUCGAACCAGGUUGAGCCCUGCUGUUGGAUGACGUACACGCAGCAUCGGGAUACUCAGGAGACACUCGCCGUCCUGGACAGAUUGGACCUUGACACAGAUAAACCGAGCGACGAAGAACUCGCGAGGAAGUUUGGUUUCGAGGAAGACUAUUACGAGGGAACACUUUCAUGGUGGCAGAGGCUCAAACCGAAGAUGUGGUCCCUCUUUGACGAGCCCUACUCCUCAAACGCUGCGAAGUCUCCCGUGUUGCAGAUCAUCGGUGUGAUUUCCGUAUUCUUCAUUUGCGUCUCGAUACUGUCGUUCUGCCUGAAAACGCACCCGGACAUGCGGGUGCCAGUGAUAGUAAACAAUACGGUGUACUUCAAGAAUGAGUCGGCCUGGGCGCUGGAAAAGACACAAACGAACGCCCACGACGCAUUUUUCUACAUCGAGUGCGUAUGCAACGCGUGGUUCACCCUGGAGUUCGUGAUACGCAUUGUGGCGAGCCCCAACAGAUGCGAGUUCAUAAAAAGUUCGGUCAAUCUAAUCGACAUGAUAGCAACUCUGAGCUUCUACAUAGACCUCGCCCUCCAGAAGUUCGCCGCGCAUCUGGAGAACGCGGACAUCCUCGAGUUUUUCAGUAUUAUCAGAAUCAUGAGACUGUUCAAAUUGACGAGGCACUCCUCGGGACUCAAGAUCCUGAUCCAAACCUUCCGGGCGUCCGCGAAGGAGCUGACCCUCCUGGUCUUCUUCCUCGUUCUCGGCAUCGUUAUAUUCGCAAGCCUCGUCUACUACGCUGAGAGGAUUCAGUACAACCCGAAGAACGACUUCAAGAGCAUACCGCUCGGAUUGUGGUGGGCUCUGGUCACCAUGACCACCGUCGGCUACGGAGACAUGGUGCCGAAAACGUACGUCGGGAUGUUUGUUGGCGCCCUCUGCGCCCUCGCCGGUGUGCUAACGAUCGCCCUCCCGGUCCCCGUCAUCGUCAGCAACUUCGCAAUGUACUACAGCCACACGCAAGCCCGUGCGAAGCUACCGAAAAAGAGACGCCGUGUGCUUCCCGUCGAGCAGCCACGGGUCAGAGCACCCGGCGCUCCGCCGACCGGAGGUCCAGGAGGAGGUGUUCCUGGAUGUGGUCAACAGGCUGCUCUGCUUCCUCCGGGGGGCUGUGGGGGCGGGGGCGCACCCGGGGUGCAAAACAGACGGAUGAACGCUAUCAAGACGAAUCAUCCGAAGGACCCGUUCGCCACUAAAGCAGACGAAGGCCGAAGGAACUCGAAUCUGCGAACCAACGGGACCAAGACAUCCGGAGAUUUGGGUUAACGUUGACGAGAAGUCGAGUAUCUGCUGCUGAGACCUCGAACGCGAGUCCUCUUCUUGUAGAGCUGGGGGCUGGACAGGGUGCUGAAUUUGGUAUAACAGGGAAGGAAAGAGAGAUUCGGAGAGAGUGUGUGUGUUUCCGUGUGGGUGAGUGUGCGUCUGCGAAGGUGAAAGAAGGACUGAGUGAUGAAGAUGGCCUGUAUUACUUGUAUGCCUCUGUGCUGAGAAUCGCUAGAAUACGAGGGACAGGGUAAGGACGAAAUUCCUUCGUCCCCAUCAGCCACGACGUGUUUAAAAAUAUUUACAAUUGUGUAUAACGAAAGAUUCGAUCGGUCAAUUCAGAAUCUAUAUCAAUCGCCGAUCGACCAGUCAAUCAAUCACGACCACGUAGCGUGUAGCACCCUCUGCCCCUCACCUGCCCCCGCCCCACCACCUUGACCUCGACCACUCUUCGCCCACGCAAUCGACCCUUUUUAACGCCUUUCCCGCGGCUGCGUCCAAAAACUCAUCGGAGCGCUGUUUUCAAAACCUUUUGCCCGAAGGUAAAUACCGAAGGGGUGAAAAGAAUGAGAAGAAGUUCGAAAAAAAAAUAUAUGCAACGAUCUUUGCAACGCAGCCGCGGUUAUAUCACUUUGCGCACCCUGAUGCCGCCGGGACCAAUCAAAUGCCCCCCCCCCCUCCGUCGCUCC